UCCCCAUUGCGGGAAGACGCUCGAGCGUGGGGGUCACUCUCCCCACUGUCUCCGUGGACAAUCCCGCAGGGUUUCGGGCCCCGUUAAAUCAUUAUUUUCAAUUUUCAGGGGGCAUUUUGCAAAGUUGACCCCCCCCAAAUAAGCUUGUUUUGUUUUCCAGGCCGUGUCCGGGCGUCGUUCCAGCUCCGCUGCCAAUUAGUGCCGGUUCCCGGGGACACGGGGCAGGACGCCCGGAGCCGCGUCCCCCCCCGGCACUCAGACCUGCCAGAAUCCUCUGUUUCAGGAGGUGCUCUGGGGGCGGUUCAGGGGGCUGUUUCGGGACUGUUUUGGGGGGGACACAGCGCAGUCAUCGCCCCCCCAACUCUCUUGGCCACCCGAGCGGGACUCGAACCCUCAACCCCAGGAGAGACUGACCCCCCGCGAUGCCGCCCCGGGGACCCCCGACCCGGCCGAGUUUUGGGGCGCUGGCCCAGAGAACCCCCCAAGUGGCCCCCGUGGGCGUCUGGGUGGAGAGCGGCCCGGGGGGGGCGCAGGAGAUCAGACCCUUCGAAUCGGCGCUGGAGGUGCAGGAGGAGCUGGAGGAGCAUUUUCGGGCGCGAGCGGCCGAGCUGAGUCGAUUCCAGCACAACGUGAGGCGGCGGCUGCGGAGGAAACAGCAGCAGAAAUUCCACCGGGCGGAACCGGGACUGUCCCGGAGCUGCGCAGCACCGACGGGUCACGCCGAGCGCAACGAGCAGCAAAGCGCCCAGCCCAGCGAAUCUGUGUGGCAGGUUCGGCACAAACUGGCGUCCCGUAAAACCACAUCUACCCCUGAGCUCCCCGGUGGCGUCUGGAGGCGAGAGGACCCCGGCUCUCGCCAAGUGGCCGCGGCACCGGUGGAAGAGCCGAGCGCGGCUCUGCCCAUCGUGGGCCAUCACGAUCUGCCGGCCGAGCCGCCGGCCCCGCAAGACGACGACUUCUACAUCAAAAUAGAAUUUAAAAAAGAUUUGUGCUCUCCCGAGUCUCCCCAGAGGCUGCGCCCCCGUUCCCGAGCUCCCCCCGUCCUCUGGGCCGGCGCAGACCAAGAGGAAACCAAGAAGCAGCGUCAGAACGAGUUCCUGAGGUCCCGGCGCCUCUUCAUGGACCUGGAGCGCCAGCAAGUGAAGGAGCAGCAGCGGCAGCAGAGAAUCGCCCGGAUCAAGGGCACGAAGGAGACGCAGCGUCGGGCGGCCGAGCGGAGGAUGCGGGAGGCGGCGGAGCAGCAAGACCCCUCCCCGGGGGAGCAGGGAGCCUGCGAAACCCUCGCGCAGCUGAACCUGGAGGAGAGGAGAGCGAGGAAGGCGAAGGAAAAGCAGCGAAAUAAGGAGCACAAAAGGUAUGUCGAGGCUCUGAGAGCCCAAACGAGGGAGAAGAUCCAGCUGCACAACAUCCACCUGCCCCCGCUGUGCUCCUGCGGGGCCGAUUUCUGGGAUUCCCACCCGGAUACGUGCGCCAACAACUGCGUUUUCUACAAAAACCACCAAGCUUACGGCCGCGCUCUCCGCUCCGUCGCCUCAUCCUGCACCACCGACACCACCGGCCCCUCGGCCCGGCUGCCGGCACUGGCUGCGCUCUGCGCCCGCCCGGGGCCGCGGCUGUGACACCCACGACACCCGUGACACCCGUGCCACCCGUGUCCCCUCUGCUGCAUUUCGGCAUCAAGAGCGGAGCUGCGGGGCCGCACCUUUGCUUUUCCGCUCCUCCUUGUGCUCAGGUCCAAGCUGCGUCUCUCCCGUUUUGCUCCGCGGGGCGAAGGGUCAUUUACUUGAAUUUUGGCUGUGGAAUAAACUGUUUUUUUUAAGGACGACUUACCCCAGCUGGAGUGUGAAAUUGGGAGAAACAAGGUGCAUAUUUCCAGGGAAAACGGACACGGCUGGCAUAACGUGUUCCCGCACGGAGGUUGCGCCACAACCCGCUGUUAAUAUUUCCAGCUCUCCAAUAUUAACCGCGGCAGGAAGGACGCGCAGCCGAGCGGGACAGUCCCGCGUCCCACCCUGCGCUUCCUUUUGUGAACAACCCCCCGACCCCAGUCCAGAGGUGGCGGGGACACUCCGACCCGGGGAUGCUCCUCCGGUCCCCCUGGAGAAUCAUUCACCGGUGCAUCCGCAUUUAUUAACCGCCGUUUGCGUCAGGGGAAGACGCCGCGGAUCUAAUCAAGGGCGUUGAGGUGGAUUUAUGGGCACGAUCCAGCCAGGGAGGUUUUGGAGUGAGCUGGGGCAGCAAAAUGCUAAAGCUGUAAAUGCAUUUUUUAAAUGUUUUUCAACUGAUUUCAGGGUGUGGCAGCUGAGGACGCAUGUUGCAUCGGGGGGGGCCCCCAAGUCCUUGUUCAUGGGGUCCCCAAGUCCUUGUUCGUGACACAGGGACCCCCCCAUUUCCACCUUUUGGAAGGGGCUGAUUUGGGGAAUGAUGGUUCGAUAAAGUCAUUGCUGUGCCUCAA